AUGAAAAGAAUAUUACUUUUUUUAAUUCCCCUCCUUUUCUUAAUAAUAAAAGCUGAAGGAACAAGAAAACAUUCCAUAAGAAAUAUAGUAAGCACAUAUCCCCAUAAUAAUAAUGUAAAGAACUUUUCAGCAGCAGAAAUAUUUGAACCCCAAACAACAGGCCAAGAGUGUGUAAAAUGUUUACCAGAAAACUUUUGUGAAUGUGAAUGCAGUUGUAAAAAUAAAACAGGCUUUUCAAUGAAAUAUAGAAAUGCUAGCAAAGGAUACAAAUAUUUGGAAGGUGAUGGUAGUAAUCCAUUGGCCGGCCCUAAGGCAUCUUCAAGAUCUGAUAAUAACACCCAACGACAUAGUCUUGAUAUAGGCGCACAUGCAAAGGGAUCAAAAUCAGCAACAAAAUCUGAUAGUAAUAGCGCUGAUAAUGGACCAGUAGAAUGUUUUUCUUCCUGUAAAAGUGUAACAGGAGUUCAAACCGAAGAAUGUAGCUGUUCAUGUUAUUGUUAA